GUUUUUUUUUUACUGGUUAUGGUAUGGAUUUACUAGAUCUAGAGCUAGGGUUUGGAUUUCAGAAGAUUGAAGUGAGAAGAUGCUUUUUUUCCUUUUCCAUUUUUCUUUGCAUUCAUGUGAUAUAGUUUCUGCUUCUCAGAAUAUUUCAGUAUUUGGUAGUUGCACUGUUUAGGGCUUGAGAUAUGUUGCUUUUGUCCUUCGAUUCAUUGCAGUUUUCUUGAUUUUGUAUUGUUUUAGGGCUUGAGAUCUGUUUCAGUGGUUCCUAGGGCGUUUCAAUUCGUUUCUAUGGAUAGCAUUUUCCCUUUUUCAUUGAGAUUUGCUAGAUCCAGAGGUAGGGUCUGCAUUUCGGAAGAUUAGAAUGAGAAAAUGGUUUUUCUUUGUGGAAUGAAAUGGAUCAUGUUUGUCAUUUACAUUGUGGGACCUAUGAAUAGCUUAGGAUACAUUUGAUCCAUUGAUAUAAAUGGAAAAUACUGAUUGGUUAUUGGUUUAGUGCUGUUGCCAAUUUUCACCAUUGAUUUGCCAGGAGCUAAUCCGAGAUGAGGAAUUAUAUGAUUCUGGACACAUGCAUCUAUUCUUGGGCUUUCAAUUUUUGCAUGUGGGACCCAUCCGUACAUUGAUCUUAUGGAUGGCGAUGUCAAAAUGGCAGAUGCCACAACGGCAAAGACUGAAAAAGCCUAAAACACCUACAACUCCUAGUGCCCUGACUUCUGGAUCAAAAACCCUAUUUGUUGGCUACCCAUCGUAUUCUGUCAAAAGAGCUGAUGUAGAGGAAUUCUUCAAAGCUGCUGGUGAAGUUGUUGACGUCCGAUUUGCAUCAAAUGAAGAGGGUGUCUUCGAGGGAUUCGGCCAUGUUGAGUUUGCCACUGGGGCAACAGCUCACAAGGAUCGGAACCUGGUGUGUGGGAACUUGGAUCCAAGAAUGGGGUACUACGGAGGCUGUCGUUACUGGAUUCAGUGACUGAGAAUUUUGUGAGCCUAGUUCCCGAAUUUGGGGUGUGACACAUUGAAGUGUGUUCGAUGUCAUCGAACGAUUCCGCCCAGAUUUUUGCAGAUUUGCGAAUUUGCGGGAUUUGUUUCCGAUUUUGAUUAGGAUUCUCUUAGAUGCUAUAUAUUUAGGUGUAAUCAGGAUUGAGAGGUAUCUAAGUCUUUCUAAUUUGUUCCUAAGGUUUCAAUGGCUUGUAAAGGGAGAUUUGAGGCUUGUUCAAAUCGGGUACUCUCUCUAUCUCUUGUAAUUUUUUUGCUUUCAUAGUGCUUUAUGUUGCUUUGUGCCUUGGUUUUUUCCCAUAACGGUUUUUUCAAGUUAAAUUUGGAGUGUUUGCAUUAUGCUUACUUGGUGUGAUUGGAUUACUUUACUUGAUCCAUCUCUCUAUGCUUCCACGGUCCCCUAACAAUACCUACAUCCAUGCUAAAAACUAGUUUUUUUUUUUUUUUUUUUUUCAAUGUAUCUUUUAUAAUGCCCAGUUUAGAAUUUUAUAACUUCUCUAUUAUAACCAAUUUCCUACACUUUUUUAUUUUUUAUUUUUUAUUUAUAGACAAACACUUGUACAUGUUGAAUUGCCUUAAAUUCUUUGAAGUUAACUUUCAUAAACAUUGAAUUGCCAUUGACCUGAAAAUAAUAUAUAAUAUUUAAGUUCAAAGAUUAAACUAAAAGAGAAUCUCUAUACACAAAAUAAAACUAUGGGUUUCUCAAUCAUUUACAAUAUACGGCACGGUGUAUGUCUAGAUUUG